GCCGUCGCCGUCGCCAUGGCGCAGGAGAACGCCGCCUUCUCGCCGGGGGCCGAGGAGCCGCCGCGCCGCCGCGGCCGCCAGCGCUACGUGGAGAAGGACGGCCGGUGCAACGUGCAGCACGGCAACGUGCGCGAGACGUACCGCUACCUGACCGACCUGUUCACCACGCUCGUGGACCUGCAGUGGCGCCUCAGCCUGCUCUUCUUCGUGCUCGCCUACGCGCUCACCUGGCUCUUCUUCGGCGCCAUCUGGUGGCUGAUCGCCUACGGCCGCGGCGACCUGGAGCACCUGGAGGACACCGCGUGGACGCCGUGCGUCAACAACCUCAACGGCUUCGUGGCCGCCUUCCUCUUCUCCAUCGAGACGGAGACCACCAUCGGCUACGGGCACCGCGUCAUCACCGACCAGUGCCCCGAGGGCAUCGUGCUGCUGCUGCUGCAGGCCAUCCUGGGCUCCAUGGUGAACGCCUUCAUGGUGGGCUGCAUGUUCGUCAAGAUCUCGCAGCCCAACAAGCGCGCCGCCACGCUCGUCUUCUCCUCGCACGCGGUGGUGUCGCUGCGCGACGGCCGCCUCUGCCUCAUGUUCCGCGUGGGCGACCUGCGCUCCUCGCACAUCGUCGAGGCCUCCAUCCGCGCCAAGCUCAUCCGCUCGCGCCAGACGCUCGAGGGCGAGUUCAUCCCGCUGCACCAGACCGACCUCAGCGUGGGCUUCGACACGGGCGACGACCGCCUCUUCCUCGUGUCGCCCCUCGUCAUCAGCCACGAGAUCGACGCCGCCAGCCCCUUCUGGGAAGCGUCGCGCCGCGCCCUGGAGAGGGACGACUUCGAGAUCGUCGUCAUCCUGGAGGGCAUGGUGGAAGCCACCGGAAUGACAUGCCAAGCUCGGAGCUCCUACCUGGUGGACGAGGUGCUAUGGGGCCACCGCUUCACGUCCGUGCUGACCCUGGAGGACGGUUUCUACGAGGUGGACUAUGCCAGCUUCCACGAGACCUUUGAGGUGCCCACGCCCUCGUGCAGUGCCCGGGAGCUGGCAGAGGCUGCGGCCCGCCUCGAUGCCCAUCUCUACUGGUCCAUCCCCAGCCGGCUGGAUGAGAAGGUGGAGGAGGAGGGGGCAGGGGAGGGGGCCGGUGGGGAAGCUGGGGCUGACAAGGAGCAGAAUGGCUGCCUGCCACCCCCAGAGAGUGAGUCCAAGGUGUGACCAGUUUCCACCAGACCCCUGUGGCAGACCGGGGGCCAGACACAGGUACAUGGGAGCUGGAUAUCAGAGGUGGAGGCUGCAGGCAAGGUCCCUGGAAAUGCGCCAAAGUUGGAGAGGCCCCUUCAGAAGCUUGAGUCUAGGAUCCACUGUGGAAGGGAUGGGUCCUGAUUUCAGGAAAAUGGAGGGUGGGGACGGGUGAACGUACAAGUCUGUCUGUGUUUGACCUUCACAUCUGUUCAUGGGCGGAUGGAUGGACAGAAGGAUGGACUUAUGGGGGCUGGAGGGGAAGGUGGUGGCAGGUAAAGACAGCUGAUGGGAUAGGUAAAUGGACCGAUGGACGGUCAGUACACUCAGGGCUGCUGCUAACCCAUAGAGCACCUUGGUGCAAAUCUUAGAAGGCACCCUUUUCCUCCGGACAGAUGCAGCCUCAAACCAGGCUGCAUGGCUUGGGGAACAGAGUGUGGGAUUGCAGAACCCACUCGCCUCUUCAGCCAGCCUCCCUGGGUAUGGCACACCUAUCUAACUGGACACAGUGGCCCAAGGUGAGCCAGAGGAGACAGAGCUGGACAGAGAUGGCACAGAUGAGGAGGUGCCCUCCCAACUCCACCCCUACCACUGUGACAGGCUGCACAGGAGGGCGAAGGGCUGUAAGGGGGACCUUAGUCCAUGGGUGGGUGCAGGGAAGCAGGCCGUUGGGGAGAUGCUGGAGCUGGAGCCCUGGAACAGGGCUGGGGAAGGAGACCAGGGGUGGCUAUUUUCCAACAGUGGAGAGAGAGAUUACAGGUACCACUUUAGAGGCAGGAAGAGAGAGAGAGGUUCUGAGGAGGAAGAGCCAGGGUAGAGAUCUAGAAAGUGGGUUCGCUAGAGCCAGGACAUAGGGGGCCCUGGGAAAGCAGAGUUUGUUCCUGGGUCACAGUGGGGAGGAGUCAUUCAAAUCACUGACUGGGUGCCACAUGCAGUGGACAUUCACAGCCCUGGUUCCUAUCCUGGGAAUAUAGGGCACAUGGGAAAACAGAGGAAUUCACAGGUGAGAUGUGGUUCAAACAGAGCCUGCGCGAUCUCCUGGAGCAGAGAGCAGGAGGGGUUGGGAAAUCAGAAAGCUAGGUCUUGAUGGCACAGGGGAUGAUGGGAGCCAGCAGUUCGAAUACAUACCUGGAGGGCUUGUUAAAACACAGAUUUCUGGGCCUCACUCCCAGGGUUUCUGCCUCAAUAGGUCUGGAGUGGAGACCAAAAAUUUGCAUUUCUAACAAGUUCCCAGGUCAUUCUGCUGCUGCUGGAAUAGGGACCACACUCUGAGAACCAUUGCUCUAAGCAAAGCCAUAGUGGUCAAAGGGGAUGGGCACACAAGCCGGGAGUGGCUGAGAAGCUGAGGACCCUCUGGGACAGAGAAUGUAAAGGACCGAGUAUUGUGUGUGGGAAAGAGGACUGGAAGCCCAGGCUGAAGAGCUUAACUUUGGGCCCAGGAACUCAACUGUCAGUGGAAAAGGGGCAGUGACAGCAGAAGUGGGGUCUGGGAAGAAGAGUGGGCCAGAGGGACAGGAUGGAGCAGUUAGAACUCAAGGGGGUUCCUCUGCAGGUAGUGGGGUGCUGGGGCAGGAAGGGCUUCAGUGGCAAAGGGUAGACUCCCUUGUAGGACUGAGAGGCAGGAUUGAAUGUGGGAGAUGUGAGAGGAGCCCAAACUUCUGGAUGUGUGUGCGGCCAGCUGUCAGCCCAGCUGGGCGGGGCCCCUGGACACUCAUAUUUCCACCCCACCGCCACCUCUUUCCCGGUCUCAAUCCAGUCACCAGCAGCAGCCCCCUGGAUGGUGAGGGGAGAGCAGCAGCAAGCUGAGAGGGGCAGAGGGCCGGGGGGACCUGAGGCUGGCCUCCUGGCGAAAGCAUAGACCAGGCAAACACGACCUCUGACAGGGGACCCCAGGCCCACAGCAGCACCCCCCAGCAAGGACCUCCUCCCUCGGUCCUGGCCGCACCCCACUCCUGUCCUUUAACUAAAGUCCAAGCCCCCUGGGGGAAGCACCCAGGUCUGCUCUGUCCCAGGCUGGGCAGCCAGGGAACCAUGGGGUACUGCACCUACUGGAGGCAGGAAAGGGGGUCAUGGAGGGAGCCCAGCCCAGCUUGGG